AUGUCCAACCAACUUGAAGAUGAUCUACGUCGCGUAUUGCAACUUGCACGAGCUCACAAGAAUAAAGAGGCAAAGAGUAUAAACAAUAACAAUCUUCGACGCCAUCGACACGGUCAAUUCUUGUCUCAAUCCAAAGAAGGACAACAGUCAUUGUUAACUGCUACAGUGCAAGGUCUUUCAGCAAUUGAUAAACUUGACUCGAAUACACGCCACAUCGGAGACUGCAGCAGCAAGUCUGUCUUGUAUCAUCGCGAUAAGGAGAUUUCGGAAGAUGAUGAAGAGGGGUUACAACAACGUUUAGACGCUCGACGUACGUUGUACAAACGACACUUUACAGGUGUUCUCACUCACGCUAGUGGACAGAAACGUGAAACGGAGCAUGUCAUAGAAGCAGCAGCGCGUGCAGCUCGAUCUUCACGUGCCAUGGGUGUCGGUAUCGGAGCUGCUGUGCUCACCGAUUCUCAAACUUUAUAUUCGGCUAGUGCCAUUGAAAACGGAGCUCUUAUGCUCUGCGCUGAACGCGUUGUGAUAAUGAAAAUGUUGACCUCCCACACCAGUUCUGUUAUCAUUGCCAUGGCGAUCUGCAGUGAACAACGUGCGUUACUACCUUUUCCUUGUGGAAACUGUCGUGAGCUUCUUGCAGAUUGUGGAGAUUUUCCUGUUCACCUUGUGAAUGCAAUUGGUGAAACUGAAGAGACCACUAGCUUCACAUUAUUUCCACGUGCACGACACUCAGAACUAACUCAGAUUUUGACCCGUUCUCAUUCUCCAAAACGUAACUCUGCAGUCACUUCAUCAGCUUUGACAGAUCAAAUACCAUUUGAAGUACGAGAUUGGACAACCCAAGAUGUUCUUAAGUGGUUAGACUCCGAUGUCGGUUUGUCUCAAUAUCAUCAAGUUUUUGAGCGCAAUCACAUUGACGGAUGUACGUUAAUUUUGCUCGAAGGGAGUGAUUUACAGCUGCUGCUUGGCAUCACUCACCCCUACCAUCGAUCUCGAUUACUUACCUCGAUUGAUAGAUUACGUGAUCGAGAGCUUCUAACUCAUGGUCUUGAUUACACUCAACUAGAAGAUUAUUUGGCUGUGCUUGAUAUUGAUCGAGUUACUGCAGUUGCUCAUCUCAAAAGUACGUUUGAUCGGCUUGAUGCAAACCACGAUGGAUUUCUCGACUUCACACAAGUAAAACAAGCUCUCUCUCGUCUUCGAUGUACCAUUCCUUCUCAUCCCUGCACUACCGAAUCAAUUGAAGCUUCCCCACAAGCAGUAGAGCGUUUAUUACACAGUGAAGAGCUCUUUGGGAAAGAGGCGGCUGAAACUGGCAACGUCUCAUUCCCAGCAUUUGCUCGAGCUUUCGCCAAACUUGCUAACCAACCAGCUGACACAUCGACUGUAACCCAAGGAGCAUUUGCAGUUCAUGCAUUUGGACCUAGACUUGCUGUACUGGAUCUGAAAAAGCUACGACAAUGUUAUAACAAUCAAGCUCUUGACAAUACUCUUGAUGAAGCAGGAUUAGUGCGAUUGCUUCGAGAACUCGGGCUCAGUGAUACACAGAGCACAGAGUUAGCUUGUCGGUGGCUAGAUGCACAGGAAACGAUCGAGGAAGCUAGCGAGCGGAUGGAUUUUGCCCAGUUUAUCACUAGGUACUCGCAGUAUGUAGAAUCGAAAGCAGGAACAGAAGCUACUAGUGUAGCAAGACUUCAACAACUCUUUCGUUCGUAUGAACCCGUUCAUUCCACGGAUUUGAAGCCACAAAGUGUUGUGCAUCGUGCACUGACAACAUUAUUUCCAGCUGUACCAAGUGACGAAGUGGCCGUCUGGUGUGCAGCCCAGUUGCCAUCGAAAAUAAGUAGUAAGGAUAGUAUUAAGCGGAAAGAGACAAUCAGUUUUGCAGACUUUACAUUGGCGUGCUUAGAAUUUGCAGCAGAAGUCUACGCUCAGGAUCAAGAAGCUGCUUUGAUUAAACGAUCGAUCCGAAACGAUGCGUUGGAACAUCGUAGUCGUGUGGUACACUUGCACAGCUCUGGGCACGUUCGAAUGUGUCCUCGCUAUGAAGAUCAAGAGAGCAAGAGAGAGUCAAAGACACAAUUAAAAGUUGCUGAGGAUAAAAAUUCUGUUGGACGAAGCAGUCCAGACGACGAUGACGAUGGCAAAUGUGAAAGCAAAGAUCGAGAUAGUGAAAGUGAUAAGAACAAGUUGAAAACGCGAACAAAACGCGAACUACAAGUCGAUGAAGCUUUUGAUCGAUUUAUAAGACGACACAGAGUGAAGUCUCGCAUUUCUAAGGACGAUAUCAAGGAUAAUAGUGAGGAAGAAGACGAGCAUUGUAUGCUUAACGCAGUCGAAGCAGCGCAAGCAGCACUCGAGCUUGGAGCUGUCUUGUCUCGUGAGCAAGUGCUGCGAUAUCUCGAACGCGAAGGUCUUGGUCGAAUACGUCGUCGAGAUAUUUCGCGUGCUGCCUUUCAUCGUCUUGUAAAACGCCUCGAUGCAAACCGCAAUUAUCCUCGUGAUCUCUUACUUGAUAUCGAAGACUUACCACGACAACAAGAAAAAAAAUCAGUGUCUUCGUGUCAAACUAGAACGAACAGCAAAAGUCCGCGUUCACGCGCAAGGAAAAAUAGGUUGGAUUACGACGAGUUCCUUCGACAAAAACAUAUCCAAUUGAAAGUUCCUGAGUGGAAAAAGCAAGUGAGUGCUCAUCGACAGAAGCAACAUAAACAAAAGGAGCGACAAGUCGCUAAGAAAUCACAUACACAUUCUAAAAAGCCAUCAGAUCGUGACAGCGAGGACGACGGAAAAAGUGACAGUGUUCAGAAUCGCUCGGACAGCUCAAAUUCUCAGUCCAUCAUCCAAUCGAGAAAAUCGCAUUAUCGCCGAACGUCACACCGUUCAAGACGUUUAAGAAAGCGACGUUCUCAAAGAAGCGAUCAUUAUGAUCGGCAUCAUUCGACCUAUUCAUCGGAAUCCUCAACUCAAACAGAGCGAUCAUCUCGCAACAACAAGUUACGUUCAUCCCCUUCUCGACAAAUCGGUCUUUUCAGCGGGUUUGAGCCAGAAACACGCGUUGCUAGUAUGGUCCAUGGAAGAGGAACGAUCGAAAGGAUCUAUCGUGACUAUUUUGUAGCUGACGUUCACUUUGACUCGGGUCGUCACGAGCGAAACGUUGAACUCAGUAGCUUACGCAUACUAUUCCCUGAAGACGAAAAUCGGAAUGGAUCGGAAUGGAUUAUUGGUACGCGUGUUUGUGUCACACUAAAAGACUCGAACAAGCAGCAAUUAGGAAAGAUCGUCUUGUGUCGUACAGACGGAACAUUUGACGUCUUAGUAAAUGAGAUUGAUCGUCCGAGAACGCUUAAACGGAUAGCACGCAAUGCAUUAUCUCUUGCUGAUAAGCAAAUCAAGUUUCAUCAAGGAGCUCAUGUGAUGGUACGUCACCAUACAGAAUACUUUCGAGGAAAAAUUUGUUCAUGUCGAAAAGACGGCACGUAUGAUGUCCAGCUUCUUAAAUCUCCACAAAAAGUACUUCAGCAUUUAGCACCGGAACUUCUUGCUCCAGACAAUGAUAAAGCUAAAUACUGUGAUAACGACUGUGAACAGAAAUCUGACAGUGAGAUGCAAUCAAAAUUCUCAAGAGGAGAUCGGAUUGAAGCUCGUUUUGGGGGUCAAGCAUCGUUCUACCCUGGUUCCGUUGAAUACGUGCAUCCAAAUGGAUUUUGUGAUAUCUCUUAUGACGACGGUGACGAGGAAGAACGUGUUUCUCCAAAUUUAAUUCGAACUAUUCAAAAGAUGGCUGGAGAUAGCAAGCAGUUACUUAAGAAAGCGGCUGACAACGCGUACGAAUCUGAUCUCUUCGACAGUGAUUAA